UAGAUCGACUUACAUACGAAUCGGGAGAAUGUUUACUGUGUUAAUUAUUUUUCUUUUAACAUUGCCUUUUUUGUUAUUUAUAUUUAGCAAAUGGAGAUAUUCAUAUUGGAAAAGGAAAGGCGUACUGCAAUUGGAGCCGGAAUUUUUUUACGGAAACAUAAAAAAGUUAUUGACCGCUCAGUUUUCUCUAGGAUACACGUACUUAGAGCUCUACGAAAAAUUUAAAAAGCUCAAAGUGCGACAUGGCGGAAUAUAUAGAUUCUUCAGUCCACAGUAUAUUCCAUUAGAUGUAGAAAUUGUUAAGUGCAUUUUACAGAAGGAUUUCGUCCAUUUCUCGGGCCGAGGUUUGUACACACAUGAAAAAGACUUAAUGACCCAAACAUUAUUCAGAAUGGAAGGCGAACCUUGGAAACAUUUGAGAGCUAAACUGAGUCCUACGUUUACUUCGGGAAAAUUAAAGUCGAUGUUCGAUACAUUGCUAAAUAAAAUUGAAGGAUUGGAAAUUAUGGCAAAUGACUGCGUGGUUGCGGGCGAGCCAAUAAAUAUUAAGGACGUGUCGGCUAGAUUUACCACUGACGUUAUUGGGUCUUGCGCCUUCGGGCUGGAAUGCGAUUCAAUGAGGGAUGGCAAUUGCGAAUUCAGAAUAAAUGGAAAUAAAAUUUUUGCCCCAAGAAUAUUUAGUCAAUGGGUGGAAACUUUGAUUCCAUGGAAAUUAUUAAGUUAUACUGGAUACCGAUCAUUUGGUGAUGUGAGAGAAUUUUUUGAAACAAUCGUUACUGAAACUAUCUACUAUAGGUCGAAAAAUAAUGUGGAAAGAAAAGAUUUUAUGCAACUUCUAAUUCAAAUGAAAAAAUCAGGACAAUCCAAUCAGUUAAGUAAAGGAGAAACCGAAACGAUCGGAUUAACUAAUGACGAAAUCAUAGCCCAGUGUUUUCUAUUUUUUUCUGCCGGAUAUGAAACUUCGGCUUCAACCAUGACGUUUACUCUCUACGAAUUGGCCAAAAAUCCAAAAAUUCAGAAUAAAGUUAGAGAAGAAAUAAAACAUAAAGUUAAUAAAAACGGCAAAAUUACAUACGACGCACUUGUGGAAAUGACUUACAUGGAUAAGGUUAUUCAGGAAACCUUAAGAAAAUACCCUCCUGUCUCGGUUAUUCCGCGCAUUUGUACUCAAAAUUACAAAGUGCCCGGCACUAAUGUAGUCAUAGAAAAAGGUACGACAGUACAAAUUCCAGUAUUAGGAAUACAUAUGGAUCCCGACUACUACCCGGACCCAGGAAAAUACGACCCAGAACGGUUCACUGAAGAAAACAAAGCAAAAAGACCAGAGUUUUCGUGGUUGGGCUUUGGGGAGGGCCCGAGAAUAUGUAUAGGUUUAAGAUUUGGAAUGCUGCAAAGUAAAAUUGGUCUUGUUGGCCUCCUGCGGGACUAUAGCUUUACUUUAAACGAGAAUACUCCUACUCCCCUUGUCUAUCAAUGUGGAACAUUCAUUACUCAAUUUAUCUUCAUACCGUAUCCUUCGCAUGCAGUCGCCACUCGGUCUACAAGUCUCUGAAGCCCCUCGGCAGUGUCGGCCACAAGAACGGUAUCAUCCGCAUAUCUCAAGUUGUUUAUAAUUUGACCAUUUACUACAAGUCCGUCCUCUGUAUCAUCCAAUGCUUCCUUGAAUAGAUGUUCUGAAUACACGUUAAACAGGAGAGGCGACAGUAUGCAGCCCUGGCGCACUCCCCUUCCAACGCUAAAUUCUGCUGACGUUGUGUUUUCUACUCGAACCAUAGCCUUUUGUUGUAAGUAUAGUUUUGAUAGGAUCUCCGUGUCUCUGUUGUCCAUUCCUGAUUCUCGUAGCACCGCGAUGAGCUUAUCGUGCCGAACCCUGUCGAAAGUCCUCUCGAAGUCUAUGAAACAAGUAAAAACGUCUGUAUUGACAUCCCGUGCUCGUUGGAUCAGCACUUGUAUGGCGAACAAGGCUUCUCUAGUGCCAAGUCCUCUCCUGAAGCCAACUGAUUAGCACUUAUGUUCUCGUCGAGUCGUUUGUAAAUUCGUGCUUGUAUUAUAUUGAGGAAGGCCUUUAAAGCAUGACUCAUCAGGCUUAUAAUACUGUACUCUGAGCAUUUAGUUGCGUUCGCUUUCUUGGGUAGCGGGAUAAAUGUUGACAUCAGCCAAUCUUUUGGCAGUUGGCCAUCUAUAUAGAUUUUGUUAAAAAGGGUGGUUAUCAGUUUUAUUUGUUGGGAGUCCAGUAGCUUCAGGACUUCUCCAUGUAUUUGAUCUGGUCCAGGGCUUUUGUUGUUUUUUAACCUUUUGAUAGCUGCUUCCACUUCUUCUUGUGUGAUGGUAGGUCCUUCAGUGUUAACCGUUGCAGCCACAUUGUCUACGUUUUCCUCUCCAAAGAGUUUCUGCAUAUAUUCUUUCCAUCUUGCUAGUUUUUUGUCGACUUCGGUGAUGGUGUUGUUGUCUGAGUCGAGGAGAACUCCUGUAUUCCGUCUUUGGAAUCGUCCUGCUGCUUCUUUUAUUUUCUUGUGGAGGUUAAAACUAUCGUGUUUUGCCUGCAGUAUCUCAAUUUCAGCACAUUUUUCUUGCAGCCACUGUUCCUUGGUCUCCUUGAUCUUUCUCAGAACUCUCCGAUGCACUUAUCGGUAUUUUUCCGUAUCCCUGUUUCUAUAUUGUCUCCUUUCUUCCAUAAGUUCCAGUAUAGCAUCCAUCAUCCAUUCCUGUCUCUUCGCCUGUUUAUCCUACCUCAGCUCUUCUUCCGUGACGGAACUAUGGAUGUUUUUAUUCUAUUCCAAAGGUCUUCUAUUUCUGUUCCGUGAUUGCUUGUUUGUGAAAUAUUGCCUAGUUCGUUGUUAAUUUUAUCUCUGGUUCGCUGUAGUAUGUUUUCUUGUUGGAGUUUCCGUACGUUAAUGCGUCUUGAGUGCCUUUUUUUGACGAUUUUCUUUAAUCUGAGUUUAGUGCGUGCCAACAACAGAUUGUGAUCUGACGGUAUGUCUGCGCCUGGGUAGGUUUUACAGGAUACAACUGCGUUGCGAUAUCUUCGGUUUAUCAUUAUAAAGUCAA